AUGGCCACCACGUCGAAGUUGUCGUUCCGUGCCAGGAAUCUGGAUGCCAACAAGGGAAUGUGUGUAUACUUCGCUGCAGAACUCCCCGAUCUGUCCGAAUGUGCUCCAAUCGCCCGGGCAGUGGCUCAGAUGCCGACCGGCAUGGAGAAGGAGGAGGAGAUGGAGUCUCACCUCCAAGAUGCGAUUCUGGCGCAACAAGCGAGCACCUCUGGAGUUCGUGUCGACAAUCAUGUGAUUCCUACUCCAAAGGUAUUCCCAGUUGAUCCUAAACGUUAUGACGAGGUAUACCCGGUUCAGCCUCCUCCUCCGAAAAACAGUCUCAUCAAAGUACAAGCCUGGUUGGCUCUUGACAAAGAAGAAGCUGAGUAUGACGUUGAUUCCGAGGACGAGCGCUGGCUCGCUGAGAGGCCGCAUAUUGAUCCAAGGGCUUUGGAGCGGAUAUUUGAUACGCUCGAAACGAAAUCUUCUGAUAACAACAUUUGCUUGCCCGAUACAGCAAGAUCAGCUCUUUUAGCGUUCGAUGGCGCCAUCGUUGAUGAUGUAUACGACUACUGGCUGUCGAAACGAGGACAGAGUUCAGCUGUAAGGUCGCUGCAACUGGGAGUUGGAGGAUUAAUACCUCGCGUCCGUACAGAAUGUAGGAAGGAUCAGCAAGGCGGAGUGAAUCCCUACGUCGCAUUCAGGAGACGGGCUGAGAAAAUGCAGACGCGGAAAAACAGGAAAAAUGAUGAAGAUUCGUACGAGAAGGUGCUCAAACUCGGACAUGAUCUCCGAAAGACUGUUACCUUGUUCGAUAUGGUAAAGAGGCGAGAGAAGACUAAGAUAGCACUGAUUGAUCUUGAUUCGGAAAUACUUGCACAUCGUAUGGGAUUGCUCGAUUUUGGAUCAAAUAUUUAUAACCAGUUUAUUGCCAAGAUAAGAGAAUCAACUAAACUUUCAACUAGCGGUGUUGCAAAUGGUGUUGCGAAGUCUGAGGAAGAUGUUUUAUUGAAGAAAAAAGCGAAGCGGCGGAAGAUCAGGACUGUUGCUGCUAGUGUUGAUCGCGAAGUUCCCAGCAAGGCAUGGUUGAAAAAGAAUGCCGAAGUGUGGAAUCGUCCUCCAUCGGUUUUCGCACCGACCGGAGUCUCGCCUGUUGCUGAGGUUGACCUGUCAGCGGCUUCUGAAGAGGAUAGAGACGGGCCGUUUGUUUUCAAGAGAAGAAGGGGUUGCCUGUAUCGAAGCCCACUUCUUACUGGUAAUAACAAUCCGCCAGCGGACGAUCUGCCUUCGAAGAUUCCCAAAUCACGGCACUUGUACGAGACGUACCUUCCAAGUUGCGAUGGUGUCAUUCGUCGAAUCGGUCUGACGCGUCGAAGACUGGGAAGGGGAGGACGGGUGUUGUUUGACCGGUUUCAAUGUUGGGAUACUCCUCGCGUACCUAACCCUUAUGAUCCUUUCUCCGACGAUUUUCUGAGAGAUGGUUCAGUGUCUUUCCGCACUCGUCUUCGUCCUCGGCAGGAUCAGAGCGAUGUGUGCCCCAAGCGAUAUCAUCAUCCCUGGAGCCGCUCUGCCGAAGAGGAUUAUGAGCGACGAUGGUUAUCAAGUGGCUGUAAUCCACCUACUGCCAAAAGUCCUGCAGAGGAUGUUGGCUCAGAUAGUAAUCACGUGCACAUCGCAAGCAUAUCAUCCGAACCUCCCGUUAUAACUCAGUCGGGAAACGGAUUGGCGGGCAGAGUGGACCCAUCGACCCUAAUUUCGGCUAAGGAGUAUGGAGCUGUACCAGCAUCUGAUGAGUGGCGAGAGGCAAGUGGGUCGCCAUCGGAGUCGAAUUCCUCCACGGAUUGGGUUACUCCGCCUACGGCUACCCAGAUUUACCCCGCUUUAUCAAGUGAGGAGGAAGCAAGAACUGGUGAUCAUCCGAUUGCGAAGCAGCCACCCGUUAAUGUCAAAGGGUCUGUGGUGGGCGCGACCGAGAUCGAAUACCGUAGUCCAUUCCUACUGGCGCCUCCUACGGUUGGCAGCUAG